GCCAUUCGUCCUUCUGUGUCAAACUCACUCUCAUCUCGAGUCUCAACUCGACCUCCAUUCGGGUCGUAUCCUAGGCGUAUGACCAGAGACCCUCCUUACGCCAUCAAAGCCAUUGCCCAGCAAUUAGUGGGACCAAACUAAGAGAUCAGGCGAUUCGAGUUCUCAGCACUCAGACGCAAGUGACCUAGUCUAUCCAGACCUAGCGAGCGUUGACUGGAGUGCUGUAAGUAAUCGUUAGACGCGGAGCUUUUCGAAUAGAAGUGGAUCAGAUGCUGCCUCACGCCGCGGCGACAUGCCGACUUGACUAGGCAAUUUCCUGAACUUCUUUUCUCGAAUAGAGCGCGGCGAGGGCGAUGGAUCGGUAUUCCUCCAUCCCGCUGUUCCCUGGCCCUGCUAACGACGCAGAGCGAAACUCGGGCGCUGAGGGAGGGGAGGGUAGUAUAGUGGCGGGUGCGAGAGGUGAUAGUAGCGAUGCUAGUAGUGCAAGCGGAAAGGUUAGUCUUAGGAUCAGCACUGCCGCCGCUGAUGGCCUUGGCGCGGCAGCUGCGCUCAACUCGCGCUCGACCGCAACAUCCACUAAGAACGCGCCUCGAUUUAAGUACAAGCGCACACCGUCGCCCCGAGCCUUGCGUGACAGUUCCCCCCGAAGCCGCCGCCCCGCUUCCCCCCGACGAGCGUCCCCCAAGGGCCCCGCGCGCACCCUGGGCGCGGCAGAGAAAUGGGCGGCGGCGCAGAUGGCGCAGGAGCGCAUGCAGCGGGGAGCCCUCCCGCACGCGGAUGAUUCUGGGUUUCUUUCGGAGCCCGAGGGGGGAGGUAUGCGCGCAGCCUUGCGCGCACGGGCGCAUGGGGGAAGCGCUGGAGUUGCAGGCGCUGCUGCGAUCCGCGCAAUGACGGCGCAGCGGUUUGCGACAGAAGCCGCGCAACUGCGCGGACUGGAGCAGGCGCUGGCGCGGGCGGCCUCAGUCGGGGAGCGCACACAGGCACAGGCGGGGACCGGAACCGGCGGCACUGCGUACUCAGCUACUGGUAGCGAACAGAAGGCCACGGGUUCGAGUCUCGCGACUGGAGCGAAAAAUGGCAGUUCGGUAACACAGCUGAUCCAUUCGAGCACCCUCGCUUCAAUCACCGCAGCAACAAACCCGGCAGCGGAACGACCGGCGAGCAGAACAGGCCAACUGGCAAAGCCUGUAGCCGCUACAGUCUUCAAGCUCCGCGCGAACCCCGCGGGGACACCUGCGCUACAGAUCUCCCCGCUCUUCCUAGCGUACCUCGAAGCUUCGAAGAAGCUUCACGGUCACAGCGUGUUCGAGCUGUCGUGUCAGCUGUCCUCCGUGCACCUCUGGCCGCAACAGGCGGCGCAGUUCAAGGGGGUCGCCAUGCGCCUGCUGCACGCGGGGGGGGCUCCGCAUCAAAGCUCAGCCGCGCGUCCGGCGGGGGGAGCUGGCGGACUCGGCGGAACCGGGGGAGCAGCGUCGGGGGGGAGAGGCACGGACUGGGAGGCGCUACGACGGAGCCCGCUGCUGCAGUUCUACGUGUUCUCCCGCCAGAUGCUCCUCGACCUCCUCGCGUCCUCCGCCGCCGUCCUCGACGUUUGCCCCCUGGCGCCCGUUGCGGCUGACGCGCCUGCCACGGAAAUGACGUCAGAAGCGUCGUCCGAAUCGACGUCAGCAGGCUACGGCAGUCGCGCGAACGCUUCUUCCGCCUUUUCUGGUAUUGCGCUCUCGUUCGCGCGCAAGCUGUCGGACCUUCGCUGCCUCCAAGCCGCCAUGGGCGUCUGCCGUCGCUGCCGCAAGAGCGCCGCUUCUCGCGGCGAUUCGGGGUGCGAUUGCGCAGCUGACGGCGGGGAUCACGAAGUGUCCUCUCCGCAACUCGCGGAGAAGUGGCUGGCGCUCAGCUGCGGGCGAGAGGAGGCGCGAGCAACUGGGGGGGGUAACGCGGGAAGGGCUGCGAUUGGCUCGUGGGAGAGUGAGGGCGCGGAGAUGCUGGAGGUGGUGGCUCGAGUGAUCACAGCCGUCCGAUCGCAGGAGAUCAUCGGCAAGUUCAAGGAGCGCAUGGCUGAGAUCGAAAGCGCGGAGAGCGGAGGCGGAGGGGGGAUGGGGAAGGACCGCUUGGCGGAGGCGCAGGCGGUAAAGGAGGCGGAAGAGCGCGUGGCGGGAGCGCUGGAGCGCGCAUGGGUGGGGGGCGGGGAGGGGAGCGCGGGGGGACAGGAGGAGGGCGGUGGGGGAAGCGGAAACCUGGUGCCCGUGCUGCUGCCGUGCCACACCCACACUGCUGCUGCCUCUGCUUCCGCCUCUUCCGCCUCUUCCGCCGCCUCCCUUCAGCUUCAGCUUGUGAUUUUGCCCUUCGUGCUGCCCUUAGCUAAGCAAGAGCAGCGGCAGCAGCAGCAGCCAUCCCACACUCAAACCCGCGUUCAGCCCCCCAAAAGCGGCCACGUGUUGCCUUCGCAGCCGCGUGACGUGGCGCGCUGGCUCGUGCACAUGGGAUGCGUCGACGCGUCUCUCCGGCACAUGGCAGCUGCUGACGUGGACCGCGUCCUCUGGGCGCUGGAGCGGGGCCUUGUGGUAGGCUCGGCUGCGAUCAGCUCAGGCUCGGCUGCAGGCUCGGCAGGGAGGAACGGGGGACGGGAAAGGUUGCUUCGGAUGCAGCAGCAGGUGGCGGCGCUGGUAACCCUGGUGCUGGACCCGCAGAUCCCGCCGUCCAUGGCUCCUGCUGCCGCUGGUGCCGGCCGUCACAAGGUGCUGGAAGCGGGUGCAAGCGCGAGUAGCAAUGCUGGCGGUGACGGCUCGGCUGCUCCGAGUGCUCCUGCUGACACUGCUGCUUCUGCUGCUUCGUCUGGUGUUGCUGGUGCUGACGCUACCCCUGUCGCUCGUGUCGGUUCCGAAGCUGGCAGUGAAGCGGUGGUGCUAGUGCUGACUGAACGCGACAGUAGCAGCAUUGCAGAAGGAGCAACGGAGAAGGAGAGCAGUGAGAGCAGUGAGGGGAGUGAGGGGAGUGAGGGGAGUGAGGGGGGUGAGGGGGGUGAUGAUGCUGGGGAGCAGUUUGGAAUGCCCGUGGCGCUGCUGCCGUCCAAGCUCGCAGCAUUUGCUGACAUCGGGCUGCCUGCCGCCUGUGCUGCCGCCGCUGCGUUCUCUGAUAUCGGCCUGCCUGCCACACCGCCUCCUGCUGUCGCCGCCGCUGCGACUGAGGAAGGAAGAAAGGAGGAGGAGAAGGGGGAGGGGGGAGGGAAGGAGGCGGAGGAGGAGAGCGAGGAGUGGCACGAUGCGGAAGAGGCAGUGGAGCAGGCGGAGGGGCAGGUGGAGGAGGGGUUGGGGGAAGGGAAGAGGGCGGGGGAGGGGGAGGGGGAGAAUGAGGAAGGGGGAAAGGUGGAGGCGCGGUCUAGUGCGUUGCAAAGCGCUGCUGACUCUCCGAAGUCUCCUGGAAGCGUUGAAGGGAAGGAGAGAGAAGAGGGAAGCGAGGCAGAGAGGAAGGAGGAGAGUGAGAAGAGGGUAGAGAAGCAAGGCGAGGAGAACAUGGAAGUGGGGGGAGCGGCGGAGCAAGAGGAUGCGCUGCUGGCGCAACUGGCGGCGCUGAUUCCGGAGGGGAGGGAGGAGAGAAGGGAGGGGGAGGAGGGGAGUGUGCAAGAGGCGGCCAUUGCAGGUGCAUGCGCGGGGGGAGAGGGAGAGGGGAGAGCAGAGGCGGUGGUGGGACGGACAACGGGUGGCGAGAAGGGGGAGGGGGUGCGGGAGAAGGGGGAACGGCAGGGGGAGAAGGGGGAGAAGGGGGAGGAGGUGCGCAAGUCCAUGGACCUGGAUGACAUGGUUCUGAUGUGCGAGCGGAUGCUGGAGGGAGAGAGAAAGGUGAAGGGGGAGGAUAGGGUGGAUAGGGAGGCAACGGUGGAGCAGAAGCAGGCAGCGGCUGCAGGAACAGAGGGCCUGGUGGAGAGCGGUGGAGAGAGCGGGAGUGAGGCGGAGAGGUGGAGUUCCCAAGGGUCGGAAGUCAGCCUGUCUGCAGGCGGCACUGCGUCAACUUCGACUGGCUCGACUGGCUCAUGGGAUCAUGCUCCCAAUGAUGCACAUGCAGAUGCGUGUUGUGAGGCGCCUCUUAACGGGGAUACAGAGGGGCCUGAUUCCCUGCCGGUGCUGCUCCCGUGCGUCUCCCCUCCCAUGUCCCCUCGCGCAAGGCCGGCCGUCCAAUCGUACUCCGCCACGUCAUCACCCGCCUUCCGUGCCCAGCUGCCCUCAGCAGCGCUUGAGUGGCGCGGAAAGUCAUCUCUAUCAGCUGUAGCAUCGCCCAAGGCUGCGCCGUCACCUGUCCCAUCCUCGGCUGUGGUGCCCUCACCAGCCUUCACCUCCCCUGCCCUCCGAGCAGCCGCAGCCGCCAGGGCGGCAGCUGCUGCUGCCACUGCGGCCGUGGCUCGCAGCAUGGAUGGGGGCAUGGGAGGCGUGGGGGGCAUGAGGGGCAUGAGGGGCAUGCAUCCCAUGCCUGACGCCCAAGGCCCCUCUGCCCCAGAGCAGCCGGCAGAUGGCGGCACUCACAAGGCAUCCUCAGCGGCUAGCUCGCCCCUGCUCUCCCGCAUGCAGCACAUGCAGCAGCACAUGAGGGCAGCAGCCAAGGGCUCUCCUGAUACCGCCAGAGCCCUCCCUCCGUUUCUGCCUCCACCUCUUGACCUCGGCGGGUCCCACGACAGCACUUCCUCUACUGGUGCUGCUGGUGCUGCUGCUGGUGCUGCUGGUGGGAAUGGGGCCCAGGUGUCAAGAAUGGGAGGUUGGCAGAAGCAGGGAGAGUCGACGGCGGCCAAGGCAGCAGUGGUGAGGGCGGAGGCGGCCGCGGCUGCGGUGACGGCUCUGGUGGCCCGCAUCACCCACGAGCAGGCGCUCAUGCGGCGGUCCGUGGAGAAAGAGGAGCAGCGGGCCCAGGAGCGGGAGCGGGAGAGAGAGAUGGAGAGGGAGAUGGAGAGGGAGAGGGAGGACGCGAGAGAAAGGGAGAGGGAGAGGGAGAGGGAGAGGGAGAGGGAGAGCAGGAGGGGAAUGGAGAAGGAGAGGGGAAGGGAGAGGCAGAGGGAGAGAGGGGGCGCCGGGGGAAGGGUUGGUGGGGGGAAGGGGAUGUCAGGCGCGCAAGGGGCGGGGAUUGGCGGGACUGCAGCGUCGUUUGACUUCUCCCUGGUGUUUGGGGGCAGGGAUGGGGGCAGGGGGAAGGGAGAGAGGGGGGAGAGGCAGGAUGGGGAGAGGGAGGAGGAGAAGGUAUCUCGGUCUGUUGACUGGGCGGAAAUAGGGAGGAUCGCGAGGUGGGAGGUGGUUGUGGAAAAGGAAAGGUGUGGGGAAGAGAAAGAAGAGGAAGAAGGGGAGAGAAGAGGAAAAGAAGUGAAUGUUGAGGAAGGGGCGGAGGUGAACCAGGGAGGUGGUGAGGUGGAUGGGAACAAGGAUGGGUCAGACGAGGAGGCAGAACGGGAGAAGGAGAGUGGGGAAGAGGUGGCAGAGGAGGGGAGAGAGGAGACGGAGGCGACGGAGAAGCAGGAGCGGCUUGCAGCCGUGGCAGCAGCUGCAAAAGCAGCGGCAGAGGCGGCAGCAAAGGCAGCAGCGGCUGAUGGCACUGGCACGAGCACGGCCAGUGGGGUAGAGUGCAAGGAGGGCUGGGUGGAGAUAGAGGAGGAGGAGGAUGAUUCUUCCUGCCAGACCUCCUCUCACUCGUCCGAGGACCGGGUGACUGUGAGGAGCUACGAGAGCGAGAAAAAGAACGAGGCAGAAACCAGCAGCAGCAGUAGCAGUGGCAGUGACAGUGGCGGCUCCAGCAGUGGUGGCGGCAGCAGGAGCAGCGAAAGCAAGAGCGAGAGUGCAAGUGUGGUUGGGAGUGGGAGUGGGAGUGGCAGUAGGAGUGAGAGCGGGAGUGAAAUAGAGCUUGAGUCGGCCAGUGGGGUUAGCAUCAGCACUGCCAGUGCGGCAGUGGCAGGAGGCAGUGACAACCCUGCUGCCAGAGCCAAUGGCAGUGCGAGCGACAGUGGCAAGGGCAAAGCCUCUGCAAGCAGGGAGAGCACCGGUGAGGUAAAGACGCAGCACAAGCAGAAGCAAGAGCAGACCACCACGCUUGCUGCCAAGCCUGAGGGGACGAAGCUCACCAGGUCUGGCAGUGGCAGCAGGCCCGGCAAUCGCAGCAGGUCCGGAAGCAAGGCCAGCAGCAGCAGCAACAGGCCCGGUAGCAGUUCAGCGGGCGCCACACUUGGUGCUGCCGCCGGUGGAGGCAAGAGCAGGAGCAAGCGCCAGCGCAGCAAGGGCAGCAGCGGCAAGAGCAGCAGCAGCAAGUCUGGGAAGCAGGCAGGGGUGGGUGGCAAAGGGAGCAAGGCCAGCCCCUCUCUAGCGCCUGUGCUGGACCCUGUCACCCUAGUAGAGCCGGUGAUUCAAGCCGUGACGGUUGAUGCUAAUGAGGGGGACAGCAGUGCAGCAGCAACAACCACAGCAGCGGCAGCAAGAGUGGGAGCAGGAGAGGGAGUGGGAGCGGAGGAGCCAUCGGGCGGUGAGCAAUUCGGUAUGCCGGUGGCUCUGCUGCCGUCUCACCAUGCAUCCUUCACUGCUAUUGGCCUCCCUGCCGCGCCUGCUGCUACCGACGCUGCUACUGUCUCCUCUGCUGCCGCCCGCACUGCUGCCUGUGACCCUACUGCUUCUCCUUCUGCCGUGGGUGACGUUGUGACCCCUAAGACUCCUGCUGUUGGUGUGGCCGCUCAGGCUCCUGUGGCUGCUGUGACUGCUGUUUCAGCGGCUACUGCGACUGCUGUUUCUGUGGCUGCUGCGACUGCUGUUUCUGGAGAUGAUGUGACUGCCGCUGCUUCCACCUCACCUGCCUCCAAGUCUCCUCCCAAGGCGUCUUCUGCUCCACUCUCCCCUGCUCCUCCUUCCACUGCUGCGGCUGCUGCUGCUGCUUGUGCUGCUACUCCUGCUGCUGGUGAUGGCAUGACAGGCAGCGCAGCAGGCACAGAGAAAGCAGCACAUGAAGAAGUUAGAGUGGUAGAAGGCAAGGAUCAUGGGGAGCAGGAGGGAGUGGAUGUCAGGAGAGGAGAGAAGGAGGCGCCAAGUGUUGAGGUGCCUGCAGGAGGUGCAGGGAGGCAGGCAGUGAGAGACGGCCCAGCAGGCGCUGGGCGGGGGCUGAGCAUGCUGGACCGACUCAAGGCACAGGCACGCGUGGAGGCAGCUGCGGCGCCAGGGAGGAAAGGCAGACCCAACAACAGCAGCAGUGGCAGCGGCAGCAGCAGCGGGAGUGGCAGUGGUGGCAGCAGCAGUGGUAGCGGCACUGGCAGCAGCAGUGGCAGUGAGACCGGCAGUGACCCUUCAGCUGAGGGCAUCUCCAUGGUUGCUGCUGGCAAAUCAGCCUCCCUCCCUGUCCUCCGCUCCCCUCUCGCAUUCCCUGCAGCAGCUGCUGCUGCAGCUGGUGCUGCUAGCACUGGCGCUGCAGCCGCCACAGCCCCUACCUCCCGCCCAAUCCGUAAGGGCGCCCUCAAAAAGCCCGGAAGCCCUUCCCGUUUUUCUCAGAAUCAGAGCCAGCAGGAGGGCAAGAAGCUCAUCCCCCGCGUGUCCUUCGCGGCAGUGGCUCUCCUGCUGGUGCCAGGAGUGGGCGUGGAGCAGGUGACAGUGAGCAUGGAGGCAGACGACAACCGAGCGCCCCUUGUCAGCCGCAGCGGCGUCCUCGCCCGCUCCACCUCCCCGGGCAGAGGCUCCCCCUCCCCCAGUAAAACCCCAUCCUCCUCUUCCUCCUCCCCCUCCCCUGCUAGGGGCUCUGCUUCCCCUGGCUCGUCCGCUUCCUCUGGCAAGAGCGGGCUGAUUUCCCCCAGGGGGCUGAUUUCAGCCAGGGGAGGGGCGGCAAUGGUCUCGCCUGGGAGGGGAGGGGUGGCAAUGGUAUCCCCUGGGAGGAAGCCCAUUGCUUCCCCGGGCAGAGAACUUUUGUCCUCCGGCAGGAGCGGCAGGGGCGGGAAGGAUCGGGCAGCGGGAGAGAACGAGGCCCGGGCUUUGGUUCGGGAGCGGCCGAGCAGUGGAGGAGGUGCAAGUGACCAUGAGUCACAGAGCAGCGAUGACCAUGCCCCUCGGGAGCACAGGGCACCCACCCCAGCCCGUCCUCGUCGAUCCACCUCCACCAAUACCUCUGCACCACCCUCCACCGUACCCUCCGCCUCCACCCCCUCCCACACUCCCCGCUCCUGGCUCUCCCUCUCCUUGCACGCCCCGCAGCCAUCCCAACCCCCACAGCUCUCCCCUCCGUCCGACGGUCCGCUGCUGCGUGACUCCUCUGCGCCUGCCUCCACCGCUCCCUCUGUCUCUCCUGCUCCCCCUACCUCCAUGCGUGAUCGCAUGAAGGACUACGACCGGUCCCGCAUCGACCGUGUGAGGGAGGGCGGCAUGCCUCUCGAAGCCCCUGCUGUGUCCUUCGGUGGUGCGGCGCUUAUGCGUGACUCCUCCUUGGGUGCUCCCCUCGUGCGUGACGCCUCCCUGCCGCUGCCUCUGGUUCGAGAUUCCUCUCUGCCGGCCCGCCUCUUGCACAAUCAGCCAAGCCAGCUGCCUCAGCAGCAGCAGGCAGGAGGCAGCCGGGAGGCCCCAGCAACCAUUCCCGAGGACGAGGACGUUCUUCCGCUUCGCUCCCGCCGCAGUGCCAAGCCCUCCUCGCAUCUCACCUCCCAUGCUGGCGCCACGCCCCGCCACCCACGCUCCGCUGUCAAGGCGUCCCCCUCACAGAGCAGCAAGGGGUCACCUGGUGCUCUCUCCACGUCCGCUUCAAGGGUGUCCUACUCCACCCCACCGUCACCUGCUCGUUUUGGCCUCGUUCCCCCGUCUCCCACGCACUCCCUUGUUUCUUCAUCGUUUGCUCGAAUCCCGGCAUCGCCUGGUCGCGAUUUGUUCGGGGGUUCGGCAUUCAGCAAAGAGCGGAAAGUGGAGAGUGGUGGGGGGCAUGGAGGAGGUGGUGGAGGGGAAGGAAAGGGAAAGCUGCCCAAGGUUAUUGAAGAUCCGAGUGAGAAAGGCGGUGGGGAGAAGGCGAAGGACUUGAAGCACAAGUGGAGGUUCCCAAGCAUGUUGAUGCGAGUCGGGAGCACCAAAGUGUGAUUCUCAACCUUUGUCUGAGAAGGCGUCAAACCUUGAUGCAAGACUUCAUAGAAUGGAAGACCAAGGUAGCAUCAAGCUCUCUGGGUAGACACCUUCAUGGGUUUAACAUUCAGAGGCGAGGGUAAUAAUGAUGGAACACGCUUGUGGCUUUCUGAUAUGCUUGAACUUGCGUUGCUAACUUUUGGUUUGGUAGGUAGAGUUGUAGGAUAGACUAGCUGGAACAUUUGGUUAGAUGAUCUUGCUAGAUUGCUUGUAAGACUUCCCUUUCGCAUUAGCAGUGUAGAUUGUAUCGGGU